CCCAGUGCAGUGUUGGAGGGUGGAGGAGCACUCUCCCGAAACAUGUCGGCAGUCGGCACCGCUCGUGCCCACCGCCCCGAACCGGUGCGGUGCCUAGAUGCGGAAUGCACCGCCUAGCGGGGCGAUGCUUGUCGACUCGUACAACUUUCUUUCGACUACCCAGCCAUCACGUUCAAGUAUGAAACGCCAUCCCGUGCGCUGUGCACCUCGCCCUGCGCGCUCAGAGGACAUCGCACGGCAAGCCGCAGAUAUAAACGCUGACCAUGAUCCCCCGCCCCACCAUCCCCAUCCCCAUUACCCGGCGUCUCUCUGCACUUGACCAUGUCGCCAAAGAACUUGACCCUCCCCAAACUCAUCAUCACCCCGCCAUCACGCGAGCCCACGCCGCAACUCAUCAUCGUCCCCGCCGACUGGGAGCGGUACCCGGGCAUAACCUUCGCCGUGCCCGUGCCCGCGCCGCAACCGCCCCGUGCCCACGCGCACCACCAACGGCCGCCGGCGUACCGGCCACCAGCGCCGCCCGUCGAGCAGUUCGACCUGCCGACGCCGACGAGCGAGAAGCGGUGGCACGUGUCCGGCCGCGCGCGCGGCGCCGGCUGGGCGACGUCCGAGACGAGCUUGAUCCACGACGCGGCCGACGACGCGUACAUGGCCGCAUUUGGGGAGGCGUUGUUCGACUUUUACGCCGAGGAGAAGAGCGGCCGGAUCAGCCUCGAGAAGGCCGAGUACGACUACUCCGAAGAAAAGGAGGGGUGUCGGGACGCCGCGCCCUAUGCUGCGUAUACGAGCGCGUAUGCGCGCGCUGGCGAGGCGGGGGCGUGGCGCCAGCGCCAGCGCCGUGGGUCACGGCCUCCGCCGCCUGUGAAGCCGCUCGACUUGCCGGGGUCGGGCGCGCGUGCUGUCGCGCCGGGGAAUCCAGAGACAAAGCGGCCCCGGCGGAGCAGCUGGUGGAGUUUGGGCAAGCGGUGAUUAAACGAUAGAGAUGUUGUAAUGCCAUAUGGGCUUGGGUUUUCACUGGUUGGCGAGCAUGGAGCGCAAUUGAGUACGACGCGAUCGUGCGUGAACGGCGUGCAUAUUUGAAUGGGGCUCUCAGUUGGCCUGCGACAGGAGCAGGAUUCCAUUUAGUCUGGCACAAGUGGUGAGGAAGAGGACAUAGGAGACAUCGAG